AUGGGUGGUGCUUCCUGUUGCCCAAUCCCUUGGCCAAGUGGGCCAAGAGUGUCAAGAGAAACGACGCAUAAUGAUACUGCAGAAGACGAAGAUGACCUGCAGCUGCUGAAACUAGGCUAUCGAGCCGAGCUGGCUCGCGCUUGGGUUGCAUUUGACAACGUUACCUUCUCCUUCGCUGCGCUGCACUGCAUCGGCGGUAUUCGUGUGUUUUUCUACAUUGUUCUGAGCGCUGGUGGACCAGCUGCCAUGUAUGUCCUCAUGAUCAUCGUCUUUGUCGACUGUAACUCACAGUACGAAGGUGGAGCUCAUGGGAUCAAUCUACUACUGGGCAUGCCGUUCAUGAGGAGGCGGCAAGGUUGCCGGUUUGUGUCUUUCCUUGCUGCGGCGUUGACGCUGGUCGCUUGGACUUCGUUCCUGGCAACCGACUCGUUCGGGGUGGCCAACUAUGCCAUUUCUCAUGUGGUUUUCCUAGCGGGCUUCAUUGUUGUUGUGAUUGACAUCCUCCUGAAUAGGAUCUGGCUGCCUAUCGGAGUCUCCAAAACCUAUGGUUUCCGACCCGCCGAGUAUGGCUUCACCUCCACUUACAACGGAGGAGGUAUGGCCCCCAGCCUGAACUGGAUUCUGUCCUGGUAUCUGCCUGCCCGCUGUCUCGUCGGUCAGCACGCAUCUGGCCAUAUUGCCGAAGAAACAGUCACGGCCCGGAAAUCCGCCGCCAACGGAGUCUUUUGGUCGACCGUGGCCUCAUCGCUAUGCGGUCUCCAUUAUCAUCCUCUUCCUGUUCUGCAUGCCCACGAUCGAAACAUUCCACGACGCAGUGUACCACAGCCAUUUAUCAACAUGUACGUCAUGGCUCUGGGUUCCCAUGCUCACGCCGUCGCAGCAACAUUCUCGCUGGUCUGUCUGGCGGCCGCGAAUACGAAUCGAACCACCAGUCGUUCAUCCAGAUCAUUGUAG